AUGACGGCGCUCAAUAUCACUUUCGACGAUGCCUUGAAUUCCACUUCUUUUCUGUUUCAACCAUCAGAGUGUAAUGGAUCAGGGUGGACGGUGCAUAAGGGCGAGGGGUAUUUGGGGACUUACAGUUCCUGUACUUCCAGUGAGGGCCCCUCCGCUGGGAUAUCUUUCCAAGGGGUAGCCGUAUACUACAGAUCAGCUUAUAUCAACGGAAGUUCAGUUCGAUUCAAACUGGACGGAGCUCUCUCUGAAGACAUUGACCUUUCGCCCCCUGUUGGAAAGGCUGUCAACAAGAACGCUACCAAUAUUUUUUGGUCGCGAACAGGCCUGAAUAACACAUCUCAUCUCCUCGAAAUAGUCCCAGGGAGUAAAAACAGCACUACGUUGAGCGUUGAUGCCUUUACAGUCACUCAACUCGUCGGAAACAACGGCACAUCCACUAACCCCGGGGGCAGCUUUGCCUCUUCCCUAGCAGGAGGGGCCGCUGCAGCUCUCGCCCCAAAAACAACUCCUUCCCAAACCCGAUUCGCUCUAGGGUUCGGAAUCACAUUUGCGAUUGUCAGCUUCAGCGUCUUCCUCUUUAUCUGCGUGUCCUUGGGCAGGCGGCGUAGGCUGAUGAAAGCAUCCUAUGGGAGAUCGAAGCCCGUGCCGCCUAUACGGCCCACGUCGACCAUGUUCUCGCAGCAUGCCACCGUAAGGAGUCAAGUAGACGGUGGCGUCGGCACGCACCAUGACUUAAACUCGCCUGCUCAUAGCCCUAAGAUCGAAGACCUCGAUGAAGCAUAUGCUAUGGAUAGCAUUCCCAGCCUUGCGCAUGGGUCUGUCGUCGCCAAUGACGAUGACGAUGCCGCUACUGAGAGAAGAUGGGGGUCUCCAACGCCGUCCAAUAGGAACCUUCUAUCACACGGCACAUCAUACGGGCAGGUGGAUCAUUCUCAACCCCUCUCUCGUAAGACUACUACUUCUACAGCGCGACUGGAGCCUUUAAGACAGGGUAGUCCGGCGCUCUCACGCAACACUACAACCUCCACCACGAGACUGGAACCGCUUCGAAAUACAGUAGACUAUCCUUCGUCCCUUUCUCGCAAUACCACAACUUCGACAACCAGGUUUGAACCUGUUCGAAAGGCGCUUAAAACUGCCAAGUUGCAGGUGACCUUCAUGUUAGGGCUUGCAUUAAUCUCGGCUCCAGAUGUUCGGGAGAGCUCCGGCGGAGAAUGA